UGCUGUCUCCACCGGCAAGGUUGUGCGUAACUUUUGUAAACGCACAAUAUGGCACACUUGUGCACGAACAUGUUCACUGAGAAGAGUUGUCUGUCUUCAGUUGUUAAUAUGGACGGGCGGGAAAACGUAGUGCUUUGUGCUGCAGCUUGUGUUUUAUUAAGUCUUCUUAAAAAGAAACGAAGAAAGAAACCGCGUUGUUGGGUGAGGCCUUUCCUACAGCGACGAAAUGAAGAAACGAAUAGAUUUGUAGAAGAAAUAAAAAUAGAUCCAUUGAGUGGAUUUAAAAAUUUCACUCGAAUAUCGUGCGAAGAUUUUGAGUUGCUGGUCAAUGCAGUUAGUCCUCUUAUUGCUAAGCAAGAUACAAACUACAGAAAAUGUGUCCCUGUUUCAAUAAGGCUUGCAAUUACUUUAAGAUAUCUUGCUACUGGAGAUUCUUUUGCAAGUUUAAUGUAUUUAUUUAAAGUUUCAAAAGAACUUAUUGCUCGGAUUGUACCUGAAACCUGUAAGGCGUUGAUAAGCGUGUUGAAUGAAAAUAUUAAGAUGCCUAACACUUCAGAAGAAUGGAUGAUGAUAGAACGUCAAUUUGACCAUCUAUGGAAUUUCCCUCAUUGCAUUGGGGCUAUGGAUGGCAAACAUGUUGUUGUUCAAGCUCCAAAGAAUACUGGAAGUGACUUUUUUAAUUACAAAGGUGAUUUCAGCAUUGUACUUUUAGCACUGGUUGAUGCAAAUUAUAAAUUUACGUACGUAGAUGUCGGUUGUAAAGGAAGAAUAUCGGAUGGUGGUGUCUUCAAAAAUACUGGAUUCUAUGCUAAUCUUCAGCAAGGAAAAUUAAAUUUGCCUCCACCUUAUGCGCUACCCGGAAGGAACAAACCAAUUCCACAUGUCAUUGUGGCAGAUGAUGCUUUUGCAUUAGAUAUAAAUUUAAUGAAACCAUAUCCCGGUCAACAUGACAAAAGAUCAAAAGAAAGAACAUUUAACUAUCGGUUGAGCAGAGCGAGACGUGUUGUGGAAAAUGUAUUUGGCAUUUUGUCCGCUGUAUUUCGCGUACUCAGAAAACCUAUACUGUUAGCUCCAGAAAAGGCACAAUUAAUAACAUUGACAUGUUGUUACUUGCAUAAUUUUUUGAUGACACAAAAGUCGUCUGCGCAACUUUAUACUUCUUUUGGCAGUUUUGAUACUGAGAACCAAAUUACUCAUAGCACUAUCGAUGGAAGUUGGCGGCGCGAUGCACCCAUGGCAAACUUACUACCCUUAAGACAUAUCGGAAGAAGACCAUCUGGUGAUGCGAAAGACAUACGAGAAGAAUUUGCACAUUAUUUCCAAACUGGCAUCGGAAUGGUGGCAUGGCAAGAAACACUAGCGUAAAAAGCAUAACUAAAAAUAAAAGCAGAGGUUUGAAAAUAAAAAAUUUAAACGUACCUGUUCAUUUAUUUCGUCCAGUGAGUUCACACUGGCAUUCGGUUCGUCCCUUCCAUGAAAGAAAUUCAAAUAUGCAUAACCAAACCAUUUUGGCUUGUAUAUGUUUGAUAUACCAGAACCUGAAGAUUUUGAUUCCGCGAUUUUCUUCUUUUCUCUUCGAUAUUGAGCCAAAAUAAUUUUCCAUUUUCUCAUUAUCUCAAUCGAGUCACAAUUGAAACUUUGAGCCAACUCUAGAGUGGCAUCGUGUUUUUUGUUUCUAUUUUUAUAAUCAUUGUGACUGGAAUCCCAUAGUAGAGGAUAAGUUUCAAUUGCUUGAAUAAAUUUUAUAAUUUUAUCAUUCGUCCAAUCCAUACUUAACUUAAUCAAACAAUGUGCGCGUACACAUAAAUGUUUUCGCUCCGGUAGCGGAAGCAAGACUGAGUUCGCGAACAACAAGCGUGUACGCGUCGACAGGAGUCCAUUGCAUGCAUGUGUGCGCGCACAAAAGUAUACAGAUGUGCGCGAACAUUUCUAAAAUGUUCGCGCACAUUU